GACCGCGCAAUUGUCAUUCAAAGUGUGAGAGCGCUGAAACCUGAAAAAUGGCCUGGGCAGGAAGGUGUAAAAGUGCCCUGUAUGGAAGCGGUUUAAAACACAUCAAAAACACAAUACAUGCUUUUCUGCAGCAUUUCCAUUGAAGUCUAUAGCACCAUCAAUGCAACUUUUUGCAUUAAAAAAAGUCCCUGCCCCUUCCCAAAAAACACACUGGACAUUGGGGUUGAUUUACUAAAACUGGAGCACUCAGAAUCUGGUGCAGCUGUGUAUGUUAGCCAACAGGGGCGGACUGACCAUUUGGAAACUCGGGCACUGCCCGAGGGCCCGGGGUCA